GUGUUGUUUAGAAUGGUGCCAAGACUCUGAAGUCAACCCGUUAUACUCCUUAUCAUAACAAGACGCAGAUAAGGUGAGCAUGCAACAUAUGAAUAUGUAUAUGGUUCCCAAUCAAGGUAUACCAGGCUGUCCGCCUGGAUUAGAGUACCUGACACAGAUAGAUCAACUUCUCAUAAAACAGAAAGUUGAGAUCAUAGAAGCCCUGGCAGGCUUUGAGAGCAACAACAAAUAUGAGAUCCGUAACACGAUCGGUCAGAAUGUGUACUACGCAGUGGAGGAGAACGACUGUCUGACGCGCCAGUGCUGUGGCCCACUGCGAUCUUUCACCAUCCGCGUCCUCGAUAACUUUGGACAGGAAAUCAUCACAGUCAACCGUCCACUCAAAUGCAUGUCCUGUUUCUUCCCAUGUUGUCUGCAAGAGUUGGAGGUCCAGGCUCCUCCAGGGAACACAGUGGGAUAUAUUCUACAGCAGUGGCACCCUUUCUUCCCCAAGUUCACCAUUCAGAAUGAACACAGACAGCCAGUUCUCAAGCUCCAUGGCCCUUUCUGUGGCUGGAGCUGCCUGCCAGAUGUGGAUUUUGAGAUUUUAACAAUGGAUGAAGUCCGUAUCGGGAAGAUCAGCAAGCAGUGGACCGGACUUCUCCGGGAGGCGUUCACUGAUGCGGACAACUUUGGAAUUCAGUUCCCAAUGGAUCUUGAUGUGAGAAUGAAGGCUGUGAUGAUCGGAGCCUGCUUUCUUAUUGAUUUCAUGUUUUUUGAAACGAAUAACUAACUGCUAUGCAGAGGCACGUGAGGUUGGCUCUGUGAAAACAGUUGAAAAAGAAGACUCGACAUUUACCUUUGCACAACAUACAUCUGUGAAUGCAAAAUGAAUGCUUGUGAAUAUGAAUAGAAGAAGAAGAAGAAUGAGCUUUUAUAAAUUUUGUGAAGUCGCUUCAGGUGUGUGAUAUAACUGCUUGUACUAACUAAAGUGUAUUGUUUUAUUUUUUUUUAUACACAACAGAUUAUUGUGAAUAUUUGCUGCCAUAGAUAGCUUUUUAAAGAUAUAGUUCACACACAAAGGAAAAUUCGGGCAUCAUUUACUCACCCACAUGUCAUUUCAAAACCGUAUAACUUUUUUUCUUUCAUGGAACACAAAAGGACCUGUUUAAAAUAUGUCCUUGCUGCUCUUUUCCAUACUAUGAAAGUGAAUUGGGGACUGGGGUCUGUGGAGUUCCAAAAAAUUAUUAAAAAUGGUUAAUUGAAAUAAUGAACUAUUAUUCCAAAAAAUUUAACUUAACAUAUAGUUAAAUUUUUGUGUCCUGAACCAACAAAAUAUAUACUAUUAUUAACAUAAAAGUUGUUUUACUCUGUUUGAACUCUUCGUUUACUGAUUAAUAACCCAAAAUAUAUAUUUGCAUGCAAACAUGUAUGGCAGGCUGUUGCAAGUGGUCAAAAACAUCAUUUUGUUGUGUCAAUGAGUAGCAAUUUCUUAUUUAUUGUAUGAUUUACUUAGUGUAUAUCCUUUUUGUUUUGUGUCAACAUAAGCUAUAUUAUAAUUUGUGAAAUGAAGGUAAUUUUUAGAGGUACCCAGUGUUUCCACUAGAUGGCAAUGCUGAUCUUUAAGCAAACAUAACUACUUUGUUUUAUGUUUAAGUUUUCUUGUCAUUCAGUUAAUGUGUAUUUGCAAAUGAAAUGAAAUAUUAUUAAUGUUUGAUAUGACUCAGGUAUGCUAACCAUCAAUGCUUUGUGAAUCCCUAUUAAUGUAUAGUUCACAUUGUACUGUAACAGAAUGUAUUCUAAGCGAGGUACUGUUCUAGUUUGUGUAAACUACUUAUUUUGGCACAUUACUAAUGUUGGAGUUUCAAUAGUUCAUCCAGUGGUAAACAUCAUUUUAUAAAUUACUGUCUUAUUUAAGAAUUUUGUGGUCUAUUAACUUAUUUCUGUCACUUUUAGUUGACACAUUUCAUUAUAUUUGUCUUGAAGGAAACUUUGUCUUUGAAUGUUUAGUCAGACAAACACUUUGUCGAAUGAAACUUUUAGGCAUCAGCGUAAUGAAAAUCACAUGAGGCGUUAAAGUCUGAUCUGAGUUGCAAUAAAUGGUGAAUUGUUUAGUAGAGGAUGCAACUCUCAUGGGCAAUGCUAUUCUGUCCGAUCAUUCGGUUUCAUCUGUCCGGCAGAUUUGCUAUUAUUAAUACUUUGACUAUCUUUAGUAUUAAAUUAGCCUUAAUCCAGAUUCACACACACUUAGUGAGCGAAGUGUGAGUGACGCAUUGCAUUUGGGCUUUCACAUCGGCAAAGUCUCUAUUCUAGGUUUCUACAGCAAUGGCGAGCAGUCGCUUGCACAUUUUUAUCAGCGUACUUGGGCGUAAUUGGUUAAUAUAUCAAAACUCUUUCAAGACAAGUCAGUCCACUCUGGACUGACACAUCUUUGGAACACUCUUGGGCAGGAUGGACAGCUAUUUUCUUUAUAAGCAAGUGACAUAAAUGUACAGCUCUCAUCUACUUGAAUGGGGAAAGACUGACAUUUCCAAAAAGGUUGGUCAAGAUACAGACCUAUACAUUGUAGUGUAUAGUAGGUUCGGUUUAAAUAUUGUUUAUUUGCCGUUGCGUCUUUUCUAUAAUUUCCUGAUUUUUUACCCAAAAAUAGUGUAAUUUUUUCACCCUGAUCCGCUUAGUUCAACGUAAGCUGCAUGGCAAAAAUAGGCUCAAUGCUGAAACUAUCCACUCACUGGUAUGUCUGGGAUGCUUCACCUCACGACUCACACUUGCAAUGUGAAGGGUGUAAUCUGUUAAUAUGGGCGUUGAAACGAAAACACGCUGCUCGUGCGCCGCUCACAGAGGAUAUGUGAAACCAGAGUUACUGUCUCUUAGAUGUUGGAAACUAAAAGGAAUAAGGACUCUAAAGGAGCAAGCAAGCCAAGCAUCAGAAUAGAGCACAACACAAAAAAAUAAAAUAAGUUCCUCCAUAGCUAGAAUUGAUUAUUAACAAGCAUUUAUAAACCUUCAAAGAAAGACCGACAGAGGGAGCUCUGAUGUUGUUAAUUAACGAAAUAUGCUUCUGUUGAAGCCAUCAGUCCAUGUUAUUUCAACUUCAAUAAAUAAAAAAAAAGUAAUUCAAUAAAAAAAUGGUGAAUAACUACACUACCCACGAUCCAGCAGAGAACUUUCCAUUAUUCAACAAACAAGGCAAACAAAGGGCGGCAAAAGAGCUCUGCAGCGACCACCUGCUCACAUAUUACACUGUGAAUGACGCAAUCAAGUCUCCCUACACUCUUAACACUACUUAUAUAUGUUUAUACAGUAUAUCAAAGUGUUUUGCAAUAUGCUUUAUUGAUUUAAAGUUGUUGAUUAUAAGUGUAGAAUCAUUGUAUUUAGUUUAAAAUAGUUCAAUAGUAUAAAAAUAAAUAAAAAAUG